ACAAGAACACUGCGUAAUAAACGACGGUCCAGUUCGGUUAGAUGAGUCGCGGUUGGAAAUCUGGUUCGUACACCUUUAAGCACCGUGGUGUACAGCUGAACCGCUGAAAAGCAGCGUAUGCAUGUGAAAGCAACUUCAAAACACUUUUUUUGUUUUUCGUUAUUGUGGCCUGCUCUCUUUGCGCCUUAUCAUGCAAUGUUGCUCCUCAACAAAUGCAAUGGCUCAGCACGAGAGAAGCAAGGGCGAAAGAGUCAUCAAUUCGUCAAUGCCGUUUCUGUCAUUAUAUCCUUUGAUCAAAAUGCGAUCAAGAUCACGGUAAAUCAUCCCGGUCAUUAGUGUAGUAGAUCGAUGUGACGUUGACACAUGG